AUGGGAUCUCUCUCUCACGCGUAUCUUCUCCUAUACAACACAGUACAGACUCUGGGCUGGGCCUAUAUCCUCUAUGAAGCUCUUAUGGGGCCUUUACCAGCCGUCAGUGGAAAAGUGAUCGAACCUUUGUACCUGUUUCAAGGCUUGGCCGUUUUGGAGAUCCUUCACUCUGUUUUCGGUUUGGUCAGAGCAAGUCCUGUGAUCACUACCAUCCAGGUUGGAUUUAUUUGUAGCUGUAAAAGUUGCAUAAACAUCUUCCCUCAGGUCUAUUCCCGACUACAGCUUAUCUAUCUCCACUACCGUUGCAGCGAAGUUGCCGAUAGCAGCCCUGGUUUGCUCCCCAUGGUGCUCGCGUGGUCCAUCACAGAAGUUGUGAGAUACUCCUAUUUGGGCCUACACAUGUCAGUUGGAGCUCCUGGCUUCCUCAAGUGGUUACGCUAUACGUUGUUUCUAGUCCUUUACCCUCUAGGGGUAUACGGCGAGAUGCGUGUCAUCUACGAUGUGCUGCCUGUGGUUGACAGGGAGGGUAUCCUUUCAGUGGCCAUGCCCAACUCGUAUAACUUCUCCUUCAAUUUUGCCGUUUUCCUUAAGAGCCUACUAGCCAUCUAUCUCCCCGGGCUGUACGUGCAGUACACCCACAUGCUGCAUCAGAGGAGCAAGCAACUCGGUGGACACGCGAAAGAGUCGCAGUGA